CACAAGUCCAAAAGGGAAAACAUAUGACAGCGUUUGAGACGCCCACCGGAGUUUAUUGUCCAAGAGCGAAGAACAUUAAACCUUUACCGACACCUACCUCAUCUUUUCAUUUUACCGCCGAGAUUAUCUACGGACAGUCUAUUUCCCGCAUUAAGGAAUGGUAUGACAGCGACAUGAACCUUGUACGUUACGAUUACGAUCCUCUAGGAGCUGAUAGAAAGUACGGGUCCCUACCUUUAACACAGGUCCACGACUUUACUACAGGUGUUGCCUAUGUUAUUGAUACUUUGAGAGGGAACUGCACAGCGACGCCAAUUGCUAACACCGGAUUUGACGUCAGAAAUGCAGAUCCUACGCACGUGCGUAUAAGGACGUCAAAGGAGUUCUUUUACUUCGACAAAGCUUCUUAUAUCUAUGAGGGACAGAGACUUGUCCGUAGUAUUACCAGUGACGUAUGGAUAGCUCAAAGAAACGAUUGGCCUAGACCGAACUCUGCUAAUUCUACGUGGGAAUGGUAUUUUGCGAAACGGAACUAUACAACUAAUGCACCAACAUCAUUUGGUAACCCGACAAGAAUGGUUUUGGAUGCUGGACUGGGUCAGCAUUAUGUUUACAAUAUUUACAACUAUCAAGAAAACCGACCAAUGAUUUGGUCGUAUGACAUCAGUAAUUGUUUUAACUACACUGAACGUAAAGACUUUUCUUUUAAACUGCCAGGAAGUUACCGGAAAACAGUAAAUGGAAAUAUGGAAGGGUUCCGCUACGCCAUUAUCAGAGCUAUUGUAAAAGCCGGAACUGUCAACAAAAUUCCACUGUCUAUGCUUCGUAUUAACAAUGUGCAGGUAUUCCAUCGAGUUCCUACGAAAAACCGAUAG